AUGGUGGUGCACAAGCAUAUGCAUCAAAACAAUGCCACGCUCAACAAGGAACUGUACAUUGCCCAGCUACAUCACGUGAAUGAGACUAUUCUACUGAAAAGACCCGAUCGACAUGGUCAAAUCAUACUCCUUCACGACAACGCCAGCUCACGUUUUUCACAGAUCGUCAAAGCCGCUCUCCAAGAGCUCGAAUGGAAGUGCGCCUAUCAUCGUGAUUUUAAUAAGAUCUCCAAUAGUAACUUCCUGGAUUUCUCAGAUUCUAAGAAAGAAUUUUAUGUGCUAUUGAACUCUUUCUCUCAAUUCAGUAAGAUGACAUAUGCAACUGAUUUUGUCAAAGAAAAGCUGAUAGAACAAAUUGCCAAACCUGCAACAAAAAGUAAACGCAAAGUCACAGUUGUGGGCAGCGGUCAAGUGGGCAUAGCAACUGUAAUUAGCAUAUUGGCGCAAAAUGUUUCAAAUGAAGUGUGUAUAAUAGAUGCCAAUGAAAAAUUAGUAAAUGCUGAGGCCAAAGACAUACAACACGGCUCGGCGUUUUUAAGGGAUGCCAAAGUAAUUGCCAGUAAGGAUUAUGAAAGCUCAAAAGAUUCGGCUGUGUGUAUUGUGACAGCUGGCGCACGUCAAAAGGAGGGGCAAACUCGAUUGGAUUUACUGAAAACAAAUGUCGAUAUUUUAAGUCAAAUAGUACCGCAACUUGUCAAAUAUUCGCCCAAAACUGUGAUAGUUAUGAUCACUAAUCCAUGCGAUGUUUUGACUUACGCCGCUUGGAAGUUGUCUGGCCUGCCUGUGGAGCGUGUCUUUGCCACGGGUACUCACUUGGAUACAUCACGAUUUCGAUACUUCAUAGCGCAACGUUUAGGUGUCUCAGCCAGUUCCGUACAGGGUUAUAUAAUAGGUGAACAUGGCGAUAGCUCGGUGCCGGUAUGGAGCGGCGUUAGUGUGGGUGGUGUGCGAUUCUCUGACCUUAACAAAUGUAUAGGCAGUGAAGGUGACACAGAUGGAUGGAAUGAGAUACACAAACAAGUUGUCAAAGCGGCCUAUGAAGUGAUUGCGGGCAAAGGUUACACUAACUGGGCCAUUGGACUUACUGCCGCAUCUGUUGCUUCAAUGAUUUUGGAUAACAAAAACGAAGUUGCCACUGUUUCCACUUUAGCAAAAGAUCAUCAGUGCAUCGAACAGGAUGUAUUCCUCUCUUUGCCGGUGGUUAUUGGUGCGAAUGGCAUAACAUCUUUUGUGAAUCUACAGCUAAGCGAGAUGGAACAAAAAAACUUAUGCAAAUCUGCUGAAAUUUUGGAUAAGGCGACGAAAUCUAUUAGUGAGAAGUCAGCGGAAAACAAGAAGAAGAAAUGAAAAGAAAAAUUUGUGUCAACAGUAAACGCUAUAGAAAAUCAAUAGUGUUAGUUCCUACUUAUUAGUCGUACUAAUCUGUUGUUUUUUGCAAAUUUAAUUUGAAUACAAAAAAUUAUCAAAUGUGUAAAGAAAUCAAGUUGUUAAAAACCAUA